AGUCAGGGUUUUGCGUUACUGGUAUCCAUGGAAACCGGAUACACGUCUACGGUUGGCGUCAGUGGCUACAGCGGCUGUUUUACUUCUGAUAAGUUCUAGAUUAAUUUUUGUUGUUUACUUUCACUGAAAAGCUCAAAAUAAAAUCGCAACCGAAGAAGAGUUCAGAGAUGAGCUGUGAAGACGGAAAUCAAGAUGAGACAAACGCAGGAAAUGUGUUUCAUUCAGAAGAAGAAAUUUGUGGUAAAAGCGCCACUGUGGAAGAAGUUGAGAGAUCUGGAAAUGUACCAGAAAACAUCUCCGAAGAGAAAUGUUCAUCUAGUCCCAGAAUCACAAAGAAGCUUUUAAAGGAUGUCUGCAAGCAGAACAAGCAGUACAUGGUCCCAGAAUUAAACGACUCGCUUUAUCUUCAUUAUAAAGGUUUUUCUGUAAUCGAGGGUCUGGAGGAAUACACAGGUCUGCACAGUCUCUGGCUUCAGUGCAACAGGAUCCAGAAAAUUGAGAACCUGCACAAUCAGACAGAUCUGCGCUGCCUUUACCUGAACGAGAACCUCAUUCAGACACUCGAGAACCUAGAACCACUUUCCAAACUCAGAAUACUAAACGUGUCACACAACUACAUCAGUGUUAUCCAGAACAUCUCCUGUCUGAGUGAGCUGUCCACACUAGAGAUUGCCCAUAAUGCAAUAGAGAAUGUGAGCGAUAUGCAGGAGCUGUGUCACUGUCCCUCCAUCAGUGUUCUGGACUUGUCACAUAACCGCCUCAAUGACCCAGAAGUCCUCACUGUACUGGAGAAGAUGCCCAAUUUGAGAGUGCUAUACCUCACGGGUAACGGUGUUAUCAAGAAUAUUCCGAACUAUAGGAAGUCACUAAUCGUUCGCCUGAAGGAGCUCACGUACCUUGACGAGCGUCCCGUGUUUCCUAAGGAGAGAGCCUGUGCAGAGGCUUGGGCCGUGGCUGGUUUGGAAGGAGAACAUAAAGAAAGGGAUUUAUGGCAAAUGAGAGAGAGGAGGAAGAUUGAGGAGAGUCUGGAAUACAUGAGACUUAUCAAAGAAACUGCACUGAACGAAAGACAUGCUCGAGAGCAGCAAGAGGAGAACGGAUGCUCUGAGCCUAUAGAAGAUCAAAACCUGUCCGGCGAAGCCCUCAAGCAAACUGAGCAAGAGGAGAAUGAAUGGAAGGAUCUUCCUGAUCUGGAUGAUCUGGACACCGUCGACACAGCACCUCGGACGUUCCGUCCGAUUAUCGAGGUCGUCUCAGAUAGCGACAGUGACUCAGAACCGGAAGAAAUUUCUCCCGACUUCUCACUCUUUGGUAAAGUUCCUCCCAAAAAUACACCCAUCAGAGAUGAGAGUCUGAUUUUCACCAAUCAGGGAGCAGAAGCGACGGAUCCCAAAGCAGACGACGAGCAACAGAUGACAGAAGGAAUGCAAAACAAAUGCCUGAUCGAGGAGCUGAACUGAUGUUUGUAACCAAAGUGAUUUUUUUGUAAUUUUUAAAGGUAAAAAUUAUGUUUCUAUAGAACUGAAAGAUAAAAGAUAAAUUUUUAUACAUUUUUUUAUGGACUGACAGUCACUGCUCUACACUGAGUUUAAAAAAAUAAAUAAUUGUCACAUUAUAGGACUCUAAUAAACACUGACUUAUGAGGAAAUUAAUGAAUAAAACAAUACCGAAUCUUA